GUGUGCUUGGUUAUGAUUGUGGUUUCUUUUUUUUCUUUUAUUUUGCUUGCUUGUUUUGUAGCAAUGGCUAAAUUCAUUCCAAGUCCAUGGAUCAACAUGAAAAUCAGUGUUGCCAUAGUUACUCUAUUUUCCAUUUGCAUAACAGUACUAAGGCACAGUCAACUGGAGCAACGGGCUAAACGAGAUGUUCUAGCAUCAACGGAGAUUCCUGUAGAAUACAUUGACCCUGCAUCCAUAAACCUCACUCCUUUGGUGAACACACUUGUUAAUGCUACACAAACAGGUUCCCAGCAUCUGUUCUCUGUUCUGAGUGUGAUGUCACACAGCUCUCUUGCACUGUACAAACUCACCCUGCUGGUCUACAACAUAUCUAAUUUUCAGGACAUUGAAACCACUAUGUUUCCCAUCAAAUACUGCUACUGCGUGACAAACAAAACCAAUGACCUCACAGAUUUUACAGCUGUUUUGCUGGAUGUGAUGGGAAACUCAACUAGCUAUCUCCAGGAGCUAUUUAAAUCCAGCUCUAUCCUCUCAGUGAGCCAGAAGAACAGCUCGGAGUGCAUCUACAUCUGUGUAAUGGCUGGAAAAACAGACGAAGAUCUGUCACAGCUUUGGGAUUCUGUUCCCCCAUUGUUCAACCAGACCAUUAUAGAGGACACACACAGAGGUUUAUCUGCAGGUUACCUAGCACUUGCUACCACACCCCCUGCUAUCUCCAUGCCAAGUCGACCCACAACUGUUACCAUGACAACCACACCUACUGCUAUUGCCACUGAGAAUGAACAUUCUUCUGUUGCUUUGACAACUGAUUCGCGCAGUGGUUACAUGACAACUAUUCCAGCUGCUGUUUCUCUAACAGCUGUGGCAAGCACCACUGCAACUGUACAAACACCUGUACCUAUAAGAACCACUAGUGUUACCAUAACCACAUCGCAUACUGCUUCUAUGACUCAGCUAACAUCUUUGGUGAUUGCCAGACUAGGUGCUCUACCAACAAUCACCUCUACAAUUAGUUAUCCCAUGACUACUGAACCACUAACCACAACGGUGAACACUGUGCUCAGCACUGCUACGAGACGAUCAGCAUACACCCCUGUUUCCACAACACCUACAUCCUCUGCUGUUCCUACUGAUAUAGCAAGUGAUACCUCAAAGAAAACAUCCACUACUGUCCCUUUGACAACUCAUCUUACCAUCACUACCAUGACAACCAGUCCAGCUAUCCCCAAAGCUUCUUACAUGGACCAACAUGGUUGCCCAUGGCGCUCUGAGCUUUUCUAUAAAGGGAGUGAGAGACAAGACAUGAAGGAAACCUGGAAAGAGGACCUAGGUGGGCUCAGCCCAGCAGUCAGUGCUAUAAAGCUGCAGCCAUGCGUGUUUGAGCUGUGCAAGUUUUUCUCACAGUGCCUCUGCAGAGGGAUCAGGCACCAAACUGCCCUGCAGCGCUACUGUACAGAGAGCCAUUUCUGGUAUGAGAAGCACACAGAGGAGGUGUGUAGCCGUGUGAGAAGAGUGGCCUUCUCUAAGAAUUUGAAGCAAAGGUGCCUGGCGAGGAUAUGUGUGAAGAUGUGA